UGGUGAUUUGCAAACAUUCAUUAAACAGCUGAAAGUAUUCUGUGCUUGUAAUUAAUUUUUUGUUAACAAUUGUUUUUCGAUUAAUUUAAUCACUUGUGUCCCGAAGAUCUUUGAGUUUCGUAUUUCAUCACCUACUUGUAACUUAUUUUAAAUCAUAAUGUUUCAUCGCAGAUCAGAAAAGGAUCUAAUUCGACAUAGCAGAAAAAAGAAAUCCAGUUCCGAUGCAGAUCGCUCCAGAUCCAAAAGACGACAUAAAAGUGAACAGAGAGAGGACAAGAUUAAAGACUAUGAUAUUAGUAUAAAUGAUAGAGAUGAAGAUGAUGAAGAUCUUGAAAUAGAGAGAUUACGACAGCAGAGAAGAGAAUUAAUGAGGAAGCUUGGUGCUUUAGAGGAUGAGAAAGAAUCCAAACACGAAGACGAGUCUGAACUCGUGAAGGAAAAAAGAAAAUCAAGUGGAGAUCCUGAGCCAGACACCGAUUUAGAACCAAAAGCAAAAAAGCCAGUUUUGGAUAUGUUUGCUGAAGAUGAUAAUUGCGAAGCUUUCAUUACUAAAGAUGCUCCUGGAGAGCAGAAACAAAAUUUUUACCAGCUCUCUCUAGCUCAAGCACCUGAAAAUCCAGCUCUUAACGAUAAUUGGGAUGAUUCCGAAGGAUAUUAUCGUGUUAGAAUUGGAGAAAUUUUAGACAUGAGAUACUCUGUUUUUGGUUAUACUGGACAAGGCAUGUUUUCAAAUGUAGUCAGAGCGCGUGAUAGCUUCAAAGAAUCUAAGGAAGUGGCGAUUAAGAUAAUCCGUAACAAUGAAGUUAUGAAUAAGACAGGGUUGAAGGAAUUGACCAUGUUAAGAAAAUUGAACGAAGCUGACCCAGAGGAUAGAUUCCAUUGUCUUCGACUUUUUCGCCAUUUUUAUCACAAAAGUCAUCUCUGUUUAGUUUUUGAACCACUUUCCAUGAAUCUAAGAGAAAUUUUAAAAAAAUAUGGUAAAGAUGUUGGACUUCAUAUAAAAGCUGUUCGUUCGUACGCGCAACAACUGUUCUUGGCUCUGAAAUUACUUAAAAAAUGCAAUAUCCUACACGCUGAUAUCAAACCUGAUAAUAUUUUGGUUAACGAAAGUAAGCUGGUUUUAAAACUUUGUGAUUUCGGUUCUUCAUCUCUUGUCUCCGAAAACGACAUCACCCCUUAUUUGGUUUCAAGAUUCUACAGAGCUCCUGAGAUUGUUUUAGGUUUAUCAUAUGAUUACAAUAUUGACAUGUGGUCUGUUGGUGUAACACUUUACGAACUUUAUACUGGUAAAAUUAUGUUCCCUGGUAAAAAUAACAAUCAAAUGCUCAAGUAUUUUAUGGAUUUGAAAGGAAAAAUUUCUAAUCGAAUGAUAAGAAAGGCAGUUUUUCGAACUCAACAUUUUGACCAAGAUUAUAAUUUUUUAUACAGAGAAAUUGAUCGGGUCACGGAGAAAGAAAAGAUCGUGGUUAUCGGGAAUAUGACACCAAAUAGAGAUUUGCAAAAAGAACUAAUUGCGGACCAAGUUUUACGAGAAGAAGAGCGUCGUAAAGUCCUCCAAUUGAAAGAUCUUUUAGAAAAUGUUUUAACAUUGGACCCAUCAAGACGACUCAAAGUGAAUGAAGCUCUUGCCCAUAAAUUCAUUCAAGAACGACUUUAAACUCUCCAUUCAUAUUCAUCCAUUAGAUUUGAUUCUUCGCUAUAAUGUAAUAUACAAAUUGAUAUAUAAAUAUAUAUAUAAUGUAUAAUAAGCCAAGCCCUAUCGCUGAACAAUCACCAUCUCAAGCCCAUCUUAAAUCAAUUUUGCCUUUGAUCAAUGAAGUAAAAUAGCACCCAUUGAAGACUUAAUUUACAAUUUGAUCAAAAAUUGAGUCUGUUUGAUAUUAUAAAAAAAAAUGAAAAAUAAACAAAUUUAUAUAUUCA